CGCACACACACUCACUCUCUCAACUGAGGCUCUGUUUGAUUGAGUACCAUUUCAUUCCUGGGCAUUUAGCAACAGACACACACACUCACACACACGCUCUGUGUAGUGAGAACCUGAAAGGAAUCCUGCAGUUUGCGGUUGCAACUGUGCUGGACAUGCGGAACCGUGAGCACUGAGGUGGGAGAUGGGCUUGAGAACUUGUGUUGUCUCCUCAGUCAGAUCACGAGGACGAGGGGUUUUUACAUGGUUACGGGUCCAGAGACUCCAUCCUUAGCAACUGCCCCAGGCGGAGCUGGAAAAGCCAGAAGAGGGAGAAGGAAACAGACUGUCCUGUCUCGAAGAAGACGAACAGCAGUAGUGGAGAGCAGAAGAAACGGGACUGCAGAACUAAAAUCAUGCAUUGCUCCACCUUAUUAAUUGUCCUCACCGGAGUGCUCCUUUACCUGGUGAUGGGAGCUCUGGUGUUCAAUGCCAUCGAGGCCCCGUAUGAAGAAAGCCACCAUAAUGAACUGCAAACCAUCCGUAAUGAGUUUCUAGGCAACUACACGUGUGUGGACCAAGACCAUCUAGAGGUGCUGAUAAAUAAGGUGGCAGAGGCUAUCAGUGUUGGAGUUGACCCUAGCAGUAACACAACAUUCAGCACCAGCUGGGACCUGGCCAGCGCUUUCUUCUUCUGUGGCACCAUUGUCACCACCAUCGGUUAUGGAAAUAUCUCUCCAAAGACACCGUGGGGUCAGUUCUUCUGUAUCUGGUUUACGCUGAUUGGAAUUCCCUUGUUUGGCUUUCUGCUGGCCGCUGCGGGAGAUCAUCUGGGGACUUCGCUGAGGAAUGCCAUCGCUAAAAUUGAAGCUCUUUUAUGGAAGUGGAAGGUGAGCCCAACCAUUGUGCGUGUCAUCAGCGCCCUGCUUUCCAUCCUUCUGGGCUGUGUUAUCUUCAUAUUUGUGCCAACUUUAGUUUUUCAAAAGGUGGAAAAUUGGACCCUUCUGGAGUCCUCCUACUUUGUGGUAAUCACACUGACAACAGUGGGCUUUGGAGACUAUGUCGCAGGUGACAGCAGUAAAGCGGGUCAAGAUCACUGGUACAAGCCUCUGGUGUGGUUCUGGAUUCUGUUCGGUUUGGCCUACUUUGUGUCCAUUCUCACCAUGAUUGGGAACUGGAUUCUCGUUCUUACCCAAAAAACCAGAGCUGAGCCUUUCCAUUUCCCCUGCCCUACUUUCUGCUCUCAGAUGGAGGAGUUGAGAGCCCACGCCUCAGACUGGACUCAGAACAUUCAGAACAUGUCCGUGGAUUUCCGAAUUGCCGGAAAACUGGACGAUCCCUUCAAGAGCACCAGAAGGAAGCGCCGCCACAAGCGCCACAGACGCAGUGGCAGUCAAGGUGGAUCGGGGGAAGCUGGGUCGGACGGCAGAGGGGAGAACGAAUCAGAAUCCGGCUCGUACUCGGGUUCUUCGGACGAGUCGGACAGCAGUUCUGAAACAGAUUCGGACGUGACCAAGACAGAAAGGGUCCCAGAGGGAGAAAGUGCCAAAGAUUUAGAAAAAGAGGAGAAGCUCUCCAUCAAAGAUCCAACUAUCUCUCAACCCCUGGAUUAUUUUGGUGAAAACCUCGCUUACAUUGACGAGUCAUCAGACGCAGUGAGCGGGAAGGUUCACCUGGAUCCCAUCGUGGAUAAAUCAGAAUCCAACCCAACUUCAAAUGACAGGCCCAAACGGAGACGACAGAGGAGACACUUGAGAAGGGAUCUGCAAAAACCUAAGAUCACCAAAACAAGUCCAGAAUCAGCGAGAAUCAGCGAGAACGUGGCCCCAAAUGGAGACAUUCAGCAAAAGAACCCCUCUCCACUUCAGCCGAAGCUGUGAGCAAACAAGGUGUUCAUGGGGUUUGUAGUUCCUCAGAAAUGUCUUUUUGACAUGGGUCACCCGAACUUAAACUAUACUAGCUUUGGUAUGCUGUGCCUCAAUUUUGAAGGCACAUUAUUCUCAGAUUUUACUGGGAUACAAAAAAAGAAUCUGUCCAUGUGCCUAAAAUGAGAAUCAGAUUACUGUAUAUCACAUCUUGGACACCUCAGCAUGAGUAAGAACUUUUAUUGGGUAAUCAGAUAGCUAUGCACUGACUAUUAGUCCUAACUUUAUAUGCGGAAAGUUCAUGAUCAGAUCAUUAGUGCCAUCUACUGGAUAGUUCUGAUAUAAUCAGAUAUGAUUUCUACACAUUUGACUGUACUGUAUGCUGUGUAUGGAUUCCAUGACUGUUUUAUUCUCUGUGCCUUUUGCCACUAUCCUCAUUUAAUAACUUGAUAACAAUAAAGGAAUGUCACUUCAAAUAAUUAUGCAGGGGAAAUGUAGCUUUGAUUCACAGGAAAUACACAUACAGCUAAAAAGUAAACAUAUCUGCCAAAUGCAUAAAUGUAAACUAAGCCUUUUCUCCAGCUUAUGUACUCAUUUUUAUUAUUGUUAAAUUACAGAAUUGUGCAGAUGCAUUUUUUUUCUUUAAAAACAGUCUGCAUACUAUUUUUUUCCAUGUUGAUGUUUGCCCGUUAUCUUAUUAAAAGCUCACCCAAAAAUGGGAAUUCAUUUAUUUCAUCAAUUGUUAUCAUUUUUA